ACGUCACAGUCCUGGGCGGAGGCGGGCGUGCGGCGGAGCUGCGUCCCCUCAGAGGGGCGCUGGCGCGGAGCUGAACUGCCCGGUAUCCGCGCGAGCACCCAGCCCGCCUCGGCCGGGAGGGCGGCGCGGCACGGACGGCGGGGCGAUGAGCGGCGCCCGGGGUGAGGGCCCGGAGGCCGGUGCCGACGGGGCUGGGGGCCGCGCGGCGCCUGAGAACCCCGGGGGCGUGCUGAGCGUGGAGCUGCCAGGGCUGCUGGCGCAGCUGGCGCGGAGUUUCGCGCUGCUGCUGCCCGUGUACGCGCUGGGCUACCUGGGGCUCAGCUUCAGCUGGGUGCUGCUGGCGCUCGCGCUGCUCGCCUGGUGCCGCCGCAGCCGCGGCCUCAAGGCCCUGCGCCUGUGCCGCGCGCUGGCGCUGCUGGAGGACGAGGAGCGCGUCGUACGCCUGGGGGUGCGCGCCUGCGACCUGCCCGCCUGGGUUCAUUUUCCAGACACUGAAAGAGCAGAAUGGCUAAAUAAGACUGUAAAACACAUGUGGCCUUUCAUUUGCCAAUUUAUAGAGAAGUUGUUUCGAGAAACUAUAGAACCAGCCGUGCGGGGAGCAAACACCCACCUUAGCACCUUUAGUUUCACGAAGAUCGACAUGGGCCAGCAGCCCCUCAGGAUCAAUGGUGUUAAGGUAUAUACUGAAAAUGUAGACAAGAGACAAAUUAUUUUGGACCUUCAGAUUAGUUUUGUAGGAAAUUGUGAGAUUGAUUUGGAGAUCAAACGCUAUUUUUGUAGAGCUGGUGUGAAAAGUAUUCAGAUUCACGGUACCAUGCGGGUGAUUCUGGAACCACUGAUUGGAGAUAUGCCUUUAGUUGGAGCUUUGUCUCUCUUCUUCCUUAGGAAACCACUUUUAGAAAUUAACUGGACAGGACUGACGAAUCUUCUGGAUAUCCCUGGAUUGAAUGGUUUAUCAGAUACUAUCAUUUCGGAUAUAAUAUCAAAUUAUCUGGUGCUCCCCAAUCGAAUCACCGUUCCACUUGUCAGUGAAGUUCAGAUAGCUCAGUUGCGGUUUCCUGUACCAAAGGGUGUUCUAAGGAUACAUUUUAUUGAAGCUCAGGAUCUUCAGGGGAAAGACACUUACCUUAAGGGACUUGUCAGGGGAAAGUCGGACCCCUACGGAAUCAUUAGAGUUGGCAACCAAAUCUUCCAAAGCAAAGUCAUCAAAGAGAACCUCAGUCCAAAGUGGAAUGAAGUAUAUGAGGCUUUAGUGUAUGAGCAUCCUGGACAGGAAUUAGAGAUUGAGCUCUUUGAUGAAGACCCAGACAAGGAUGACUUUUUAGGAAGUCUUAUGAUUGAUCUUAUUGAAGUUGAAAAGGAACGCCUUUUAGAUGAAUGGUUCACUCUGGACGAGGUUCCCAAGGGGAAGCUGCACUUGAGACUGGAGUGGCUCACGCUGAUGCCAAAUGCAUCCAACCUCGAUAAGGUGCUAACCGACAUCAAAGCUGACAAAGACCAAGCCAAUGAUGGUCUUUCUUCUGCAUUGCUGAUCUUGUACUUGGAUUCAGCAAGGAACCUUCCGAGUAACCCAUUAGAAUUUAACCCCGAUGUCUUGAAGAAGACUGCAGUUCAGAGAGCUUUAAAGUCGGGGAAGAAAAUAAGCAGCAACCCAAAUCCUCUUGUCCAGAUGUCAGUUGGGCACAAGGCCCAGGAAAGCAAGAUUCGAUACAAAACCAAUGAACCUGUGUGGGAAGAAAACUUCACUUUCUUCAUUCACAAUCCCAAGCGCCAGGACCUUGACGUUGAGGUCAGAGACGAGCAGCACCAGUGUUUGCUGGGGAACAUGAAGAUCCCCCUCAGCCAGCUGCUCACCAGUGAGGACAUGACACUGAAUCAGCGCUUCCAGCUCAGCAACUCGGGUCCAAACAGCACUAUCAAGAUGAAGAUUGCCCUCUGGGUGCUCCAUCUCGAAAAGCGAGAGAGGCCUCCAGACCACCAGCACUCAGCUCAAGUCAAACGGCCCUCUGUGUCCAAAGAGGGGAGGAAAACAUCUGUCAGAUCUCAUAUAUCUGGGUCUCCAGGCCCUGGCAGCAGCAACACAGCUCCAUCCACACCAGUCAUUGGGGGCGGUGAUAAGCCUGGUGUGGAAGAAAAGGCCCCACCCCCUGAGGCCGGCCCUCAGGGGCUGCAGGACCUGGGUAGAAGCUCCUCCAGCCUCCUGGGCUCCCCAGGCCACAUCUCAGUCAAGGAGCCCACCCCCAGCAUCGCCUCAGACAUCUCACUGCCCAUCGCCACCCAGGAGCUGCGGCAAAGGCUGAGGCAGCUGGAAAAUGGGACAACCCUGGGACAGUCUCCACUGGGGCAGAUCCAGCUGACCAUCCGGCACAGCUCGCAGAGAAACAAGCUGAUUGUGGUUGUGCAUGCCUGCAGAAACCUCAUUGCCUUCUCUGAAGACGGCUCUGACCCCUACGUCCGCAUGUAUUUAUUACCAGACAAGAGGCGAUCAGGAAGGAGGAAAACACACGUGUCAAAGAAAACAUUAAAUCCAGUGUUUGAUCAGAGCUUCGAUUUCAGUGUUUCGUUACCGGAGGUGCAAAGGAGAACUCUCGACGUCGCCGUGAAGAAUAGUGGCGGCUUCCUGUCCAAAGACAAAGGACUCCUUGGCAAAGUAUUGGUUGCUCUGGCAUCUGAAGAACUUGCCAAAGGCUGGACCCAGUGGUAUGACCUCACGGAAGACGGGACGAGGCCUCAGGCAAUGACAUAGCUGCACCAGGCGGGAGAGAGGUGCCCUCUUCAGCGUAGCGCCUCCACCUCUACCCAGAACACACCCUCUCACAGACAUACCAAUGUUAUUUUUAUAAUUUCAUGUAUUUAGUUAUACAUACCUUAAUAGUUUUAUAAAAUUGUUGACAUUUUAGGCAAAUUUGGCCAAUAUUAUCAUUAAAUUUUAUAUGUUGGAUUUCCUCUAGGAUUUCACCAGUUCCUACAAUGUGCAAUAGGAUGAUGUUAGCUCUUGUGUCUGUGGACUCUGCCCAGCUGUGUCAGUAGGAGGCGGAUGUGUCUGUGCUUUAUUAUGGCCUUGUUUAUAUAUCACUCAGUAUACUAUGCCAUGUAAAUAGACUCUAUUUUUUAUAAUCUUUACAUGCUGGUUUAAAUGCAGAAGAAAAUAGAUCAAGGAAAUAUAUAUUUUCUUCUAAAACUUAAUAAAUUCUUGUGACAAAUAAUCAUUUUCCUCUUUGCAGCAAAAAGUUCUCAGUGACCUAUUUUGUGGCAUUUCUUUUUAAAAAGAAAAGCUGAAAGAUGAAAUGUUAGUAUGUUUCUGCCCAUUAUGAAUGAUGAAAUAAAGUAUUCAAAAUAUUAACAUUUUCAUAAAUAUAAGGAUGUAUUAUUGAGAAGUAAGUUGAAGGGCUUAUAAGGAAAAAUAUUUUAUAACUGAGUAAUAUAAGAUAUUCAGAGAAUUGUCAUGGUUCAUAAAUUAUAUUGUACUAAUCUGAAAUUUCUUACAUAAAAAUGAAAUGUCUUGUUUAUUUUAAUUGCUGUUAUAACUUACUUAUGAAACAGUAUACAGACACCUUGUUCUUUUCCUAAAAUAUAAGAACAGACUUUCAAUGUUAGCAAUUAAGCUACUGCCACAUAGUCAUGAGCUUUGUUAAUUUUUAGUGUCUUCCCAGCCUAUAAAAAAAAGAAAGUGCACGUUGUCCUUUUAAAGGUUGUGAGGUAGAUUGGGAUGCGUAGCUAGGAAAUUGCAUUAGAAAUCGAAAGCUCUAUCUCUCAUUAUUGUCAGGAACACCUAGUGUGACGUCACACAUAGGAUAUGGGAAAUGUGAGCCAAUGUGCACCGGCCACCGCCAGGGUUCGGGGCACCACAGCUGCGAGCACAGCCCUUGCUGCUCUCGACAGCCACUUCCUAGCUGCCUCACUUUAUGCCACGACUAACCUUAAUGUUGGGAUGCUGUUAUGCAAUGUUUAUUCUGUUGAGACUAUUAAAAGCAUGUUUAUGUACCUAAGAGUCCCCCAGACCUCCUGUAAGGCGAGGCUCUAUUGCAGUGUCACAGGCUGUGGUGUCUGUAAGGAAAGAAUGCACAUAUGUUAGACGAUUAAAUGUAUAUUAUAAGGUCUGUGCUGAAAUGGUUUCUGUAGCCAUGAGAACAUCUUAAAACUAUGUAUAAAUGUACUGAGGAAAAUACAGCUUUGUAAUUGAAAUCAGAGCUCUUAGCUUGUUUCAUGGAACUAUACAACUUGUGGGUAACUCACAUGACCGAACAAACCAAAGUGCCUGUGGCAGAGGCUGGUGGUCUCCGCCCACCUCUCCCUUCCAGCAGGUUGUGAUUUUGUAUCCCUGUAUAACUUACACUUUGAACCGUGGGUUUACUUAUAGUGGAGUCUGUAGCUUCAUAGCACAUUUCAUGUCAUCCUAAGACUAUAGUCUGUCUUCUACAUGAUGGCAUUUCACUCUAAAGCCUCUUUAUACACCACUUACAAUGUUGGUAUAUAGGCUUAUUCGGGAAGCAUAUGAAUACAUUUAAAGACACAUAUGAACCUGUAUGCACACAGAACGUUUAACUCUGAUAUUUAUGGAAGAUAGGUAAUAAUGUUAAAUCUAGCUGCUUUUCCAUGCUAUUAGAGUUUUGAAGGUUUUUUAAAAUUAGACAUGCCAAAAGCCUUCUGUCAUAAUCUAUAAAGAAGUGCUCAUCGAAAUUAUGGCAGCCAGUAAUUUUUACCAACAUCCCCUGUGUGUCAUCUGCUCCAUGUGUAUUUUGCUUGAUGGAAUGCUUUAAGCACUGAGGCAGAGUGGACACAACUGAAGGUACAAGCCCAGAGGAAGCAGUGGGGUAGCACCGGGCCUGCCCCUGGCAGGGGAGUCAGGAGAGCCGCCUCAGGGGCUUGUCUGGAGGUGCUUGCCUCCAGUAGCCGUCUCCAUUCUCCUUAAAAGGAAGGAAGAAAAGAGGGUCAUUCUGUGGAACCAAAGUACCUCCCAGGCUCUUCCCACUCCAGGAUCCCAGUGACGUCAGACACUCAAGUUGUUCUCAAAAUGUUAAUUUUCAAUUUUAAUCAGUUUACCUAAGAAAAGGGAAUUUUAUCUUUUCUACCUUGAGCCAAGCCAGCGAAGGGAAAAUUAAUUAACUUAGUAAAUUUGAAGUGCAGCUGUCUUAGCUCGUACAUGUGGGUUCUUAUCCUGUGCCUUAAAGUAGGAAGGUGUUUCCAAGUUCAGAUUAAAAUAGAAGCAGCCAGUUGGGUGCAGUGGCUUAUGCCUAGCACUUUGAGAGGCCAAGGCAGGCGGAUCACCUAAGGUCAGGAGUUUGAGACCACCCUGGCUAACAUGGUGAAAUCAUGUCUCUACUAAAAAUACAAAAAUUAACUGGGCAUGGUGGUGAACACCUGUAAUCCCAGCUACUACUUGGGAGGUGAGGGGGGAGAAUUGCUUGAACCCAGGAGCAGAUGGCGCCAUUGCACUUCAGCCUGGGCGACAGAGCAAGACACAAUCUCAGUAAAUAAAUAUAUAAAUAAAUAAAAUAGAAGCAGCAGCUUUGUAGCUGUGUUUAUCCUGCACAGUAAGAAUUCCUUUUCGUCAGCCUUCCUUUUUCAGGCACCUAAGCCAAAUGCAGGCCUGUGUGUAGCUGUGUGUUUAUUCUGUGGUUGCCACAUUUAUUCCACCUCCAGCUGGACCCCCCACUGCAAAUAGAGAGCAACAGUGGGGGUGGGGGUUAAAACUUAGAGACUGUCCUUUCUGUUCAACUAAUUUCACAUGACAGUGCAUGUAUUUAUUCAAUAAAACUUUUAUGUUGGCUCA